CGGCGGGUCAAAAUAGGACCUGGCAACUGUCUGCGUUCAGUGGACAGCGGUGCGAGAGAGUAACGCAGACCCUCCUGGUGCACAACCAUCCUCUGGCGUGUGUGGCUAUACAGGUUUUUUGGUGUUAAUAGCAUUCCUAAUGUUAGAGUGGAGGAAAUAGUAUUGUGUUAAGAUACUGAGUAGCCCACACCUUACGGUAGCUGGGAAGUGUUCAGUGUUUCUGGUGCAGAGGAAACUUCUUCCCCGAGCGACAUGGCUACGCAAACUUCGACACGAUUCAGCGACAAUUAUGAGCUGAAGGAAGAACUUGGAAAUUCGUCUCCAUGAUAGUAUACAGGAGGAGUCGUUCCAUUACCUCGUCUUUGAUCUGGUCACCGGCGGAGAGCUGUUCGAGGACAUCGUCGCUCGAGAAUUCUACAGCGAGGCAGAUGCUUCACAUUGUAUUCAACAAAUUUUAGAAAGUGUAAAUCAUUGUCAUCAUAAUAAUAUUGUACAUAGGGAUUUAAAGCCGGAGAACCUCCUUCUGGCCAGCAAAGCCAAGGGCGCCGCCGUCAAACUUGCAGAUUUCGGCCUCGCAAUCGAGGUGCAAGGGGACCAGCAAGCAUGGUUUGGUUUUGCAGGUACGCCGGGCUACCUCUCACCCGAAGUCCUCAAGAAAGAACCUUAUGGAAAACCUGUAGACAUCUGGGCUUGUGGUGUAAUCCUAUACAUCCUCCUGGUGGGUUACCCUCCCUUCUGGGAUGAGGACCAGCAUAGGUUAUACGCCCAAAUCAAGGCAGGAGCUUAUGAUUAUCCAUCACCAGAAUGGGACACUGUAACUCCAGAAGCCAAAAAUCUUAUCAACUCAAUGUUGACUGUUAAUCCAGCCAAGCGUAUUACUGCUGCUGAAGCACUCAAGCACCCAUGGAUCUGCCAACGUGAGCGCGUAGCCAGUGUGGUGCACAGGCAAGAGACUGUCGACUGCUUGAGAAAAUUCAAUGCCAGAAGAAAGCUGAAGGGCGCCAUCCUGACGACCAUGCUUGCCACUGCGUGCAACUUCUCUAAAAGUGGUCGUUCCAUCAUCACCAAAAAGGGAGACGGGUCGCAGGUCAAGGAGAGUACAGAUUCAAGCACGACCAUAGAAGAGGAGGAUGUGAAGGACAAGUCCAAGUCGCAAGUCGAUAGAAGUACCACAGUGAUCGCCCGAGAUGCAGAAGGCGGGGAGGAGAAAGCUAAAGCUACUGCAGCGUCGGUGGUGGGCGCGAUGGCCGGCCUUAAGAACAGUUUAUUAUCGGGCGGCUCUGGUGGUGGAGGUGGAGGUGGUGGAGGUGGUAGCGGUGGCGGAAAGCCGACAACAGCCUCGGCCGGUGGUGCAGGGGGGUUGAUGGCGGCUGUGGCUGCAGCGGCCGCAGCUGCAGCGUCGUCGACCGCCCCUGCCACACCGUCUGCGGCAGCCAACCCUACCGCUUCUACAAAAGAUCAUAAAGCUGAGAAUAAUACAGAAACCGCGCGGCAAGACCGCAAAUCCUGUAGCGUCCAGCUGAGCAGUGUCCAGCUGAGCACCAGCCAACCUAACAGCGCACGUAAGCAAGAGAUCAUCAAGGCUACUGAGCAGCUGAUUGACUGCAUAAACAGCGGAGACUUUGAAGGCUACACCAAAAUAUGCGACACUCACCUGACCUCCUUCGAACCAGAGGCGUUAGGCAAUUUAGUGGAGGGCCUGGAGUUCCACAAAUUUUACUUUGAUAAUGUGCUUGGGAAGAACUGUAAAGCAGUAAAUACAAUGAUCCUCAGUCCCCACGUACAUCUCCUGGGUGAAGAUGCAGCUUGCAUUGCAUACAUCCGCCUCACCCAGUACAUGGAUAAGCAAGGACAAGCCCACACACAACAGAGCGAGGAGACACGAGUGUGGCAGCGUCGUGACAACAAGUGGCAGUGUAUGCACUUCCAUCGUUCAGGGUCCCCCUCAUCCCCCUUUGCAUUGGGCACCAAGUAAAAGUGGAGGAUGACUAGGGGUAUAGCUUACCCUGGUCAGAUGUGACGGAACUGAUUGGUUGUUGGUUCAGCCACUGUGGAACGUCAUGGGUUAGAAACAAGUCAUUAACAUCCCUAUUAUUCAGGACUCAUGAUAGCCAUCCAUCCCUUAAUGACCAAAGUGCUGUGAGACCUGAAAUAGUACUGACUAAAUUGUUGGGUUAUACUGUUUCAAGAUGAGGAAAGACGUGUCUGUUUUAACCCUGCAUGUUCUGCAGAUUGUCAACCUUAAGCCUAGUCUUUUAGGCACAGGUUGAUAUUUGAUUAUGCCAGAUUAAAAAGGAUUUCUCGAUGGUUGCCUAUAUUUUGAAGAUUGAAUGUUCCCAUUGUACUGUUGCUACCAAGUAUAUUAUUAGAUGUGUGGCAUAAUUUUAGAUUUUAAACAAACUCUCUUUGUUGGACAAUUCUUCAGUGAUAUGUGCACAAUUCAUGGCUCAUGAAGUUUUUCUGAUGCUAGAUAGAGAAAUUAAUAUGUUACUGAGAAUAUUAUUAUAGGAAUGCAUUUCUUCUAAGCAUCUUACAUCUGCCUAAUAUACAGAGUCAGUUCUUGUAAGCCACAACCAUUUCUGAAUAGUUAGUUCCAUUAACUAUAAAGACAGCAAAAGAUUAUUUGUUGAUAUACUUACUGAGUGAAUGCCAAUGAUGAGUGACGAACUGAGGGCAUCAGUAUCGGAACUGCAUCACCGUCUCCUUCCCACCAUGUGUUGUAUCAACAACUGCUUCAUUCAUCUGCUGCUGCAGGACAUCUUGGCUAAAUGAUCAAAAUCCUCAAGCUUGAACUUAAUGGACAAAAACUGAACAGUAUAUGCAUAUAGGAUGUGUCAUUAGUGGUUUGUGUGUGUGUGUGUGUGUGUGUGUGUGUGUGUGUGUGUGUGUGUGUGUGUGUGUGUGUGUGUGUGUGUGUGUGUGUGUGUGUGUGUGUGUGUGUGUUUGUGUGUGGAUGCCUUUGCGCAUGUGUUUGAGAGGGACCGUUAUAUCUGAAUUAAGAGAGGAUGCCAAAGUGAGCACACAUUACCAAAACAUGUGAGGAUGUCGCCGAAAGCUUGAAAAAAUGAGUACCAUGGUUGAUAUGGCUGGUUAUGCAUGAAUACAAAAUCACACAUACAUAAACACACUAGCACAUACACAACAAUUUUAAUACAUAUACACCUGCAUACAAGAAUACAUCCAAACAAGUAUACAUACAAAUAUAUAGAGUACUACUAUAUGUAUGAGUUUAUCCUGCCAAAAUCAUUUUUGAUAUAUGAACUGUCUUAUAAUGAUGUGCAUAGGGGUAUGUAGAAUAUGCUCAGUGUUACAAUGAUAUUAAAUUAUGUAUGAAAUUGUUGUCCUCUAAAGUCUGUGUUGUGGAUUUUGGUUGUUUUUCCAAAUUAACUUGUAAAUGGGAGACUGCUCUACUCUCUCCCCCCUUCAGACUUAAAGCACCGUGAUAUAAAGUCAUGUAUGAGUACUUCUGCUUAUUUUCAAGUACCUAUCCAAGAAUAUUGCCUACUGCAUUUCAUAUAUGCUUAUCAAUGUGGGACAUAUUGCAAGUUUGAAGUGUGUAAUUUCUUGAAAUCAUAUGAUAUACAGUAAAGAGGAUUCUCAGAGGUGUACCCACCUAUCUUUUCAUAUUUAUACUUAGUCGCUUGGUAAACCAUACCUGUGACUGAGAGGUGAAACUACAUGUGUAUGUCCUGGUGCUUACUGGUGUGUGACAAUGCGGCCGGCCCACGCAGGCCAAAUGACCCGUGUGCAUCUAGUCAUUUGCUUUGCCCUCAAUUUUUCUUAGGUUCAUUUUUUGCAGACGGUCUAAGAUAAACUAUAGUUCCAAGUCAAUUUAUGUGGUUUGUUUGAAUUUGUAUAUUUGUAACAAUAAGCCUUUUCAGAAGUUUGAGAGAAAGUUUGAUAUCUUUGUAGAUUUCCAUACAAUAGGUAAAUUUUGUGUGCGUCGCCUCAACUCUCUGGUGCCGUGAACUUGUUGUUGCAGCUUGACAGGAAUGUAAUAUAUUUAUAUUCACAUUUUUUGAAGAAAUUUAUCCAAUUCGAUAUAAGAUAUCGUUUUAUCGCUAAGUGUCUUAUUACGUAAAUUAAUAAACCCUUAUGCAGUUACCAGGCCUCAGUUUAGUGUACUUUUUGCAUUAGGACCGCCAGAUAAAUUUGAACCAAGCAGGGCACCUAGAUUUAAUUAAUUUUCCUGUUGGACAAGAAGCCCCAUGUUAUGUAAGAUAACCACACUUUAGGAGAAAAAAAAACACAGCACUCAGGAACAGCUGGUCCCUCAAGGAGAUCUUCACACUAUAACACAAGCUGUUUGAAAGACUCCAGGUUCAUAGAGCAAUUGUUUACAUCUUGGAUCAGGUCCUAGCUCCUAGACGGAGAAUGCUGAACAAGUCACUCCCCAACUUUUUAGGGCCUCGCUCCUUUGUACAGACCAUGGUUCCUGGACUGCUGCGCAUUGUGCAUGUUACUGUAAGCAGAAUCCUUUUGGUGUCUUCUCAUGUUCAACAAUGUCCUAUCAUCAGUGCCAUUGCCACUGUUACUUCUGUGGCUGCGACCACUGCCGUACGUUGGUGGCAGAGGGCAAGUGAGCACGUCACCCCAUUCAGGCAGGGUAAAAGGUGGAGUGAGUGGACCACCACCCUGCCAACAUAUGCUUGUGAUUGGUCCUUUUUUGUGCCAGGUUGUGUGAUUUUGCUCAAGUAUUGAAUGUUAACUAAAUUGUAUGAGGGCAAAAAUGGUGUACUAGAACUAUUCUUACUCAAUAUUUGGGCAUAAAUGAUAUGAGCGCAAGUUAUGGUACUAUAACGGUGUACAAGAAUUAUCACUACUUUUUAUUAAAUGUCAUAUUUGAUGGUUUCAAUAAAAGUAUGUUGUAUUGUUGCCUGCGGUUUUCUGUAACAUUUUCCACCCCUGCCUUUUCCUAAGCCUGCUUCUCAAGUAUUUAUCUCUUAGAUUGUAAGACAUGAGAUUUUUUUCAUGGUAGGUAGGAGUUUCGUUGUUUGAUCAUUCAUGAGCUUUGUGAAAGGCAGGCUUGUAUGGCCUCAGAAAGCAUGAGGUUGAAGGGUAACCCCACAAGUGGUCGUCCUCAAUUUACCAGGACUUUUACCAAACCUCUUAGCAGACACUUGAGUCAUACUAAAGUUUAAAUUGUAAAGAAAGUUGCAGUUGCCUAUCAGAUGAUUGGAACAGAGUUUAUACUAAUGUGAAUGAGUUGUAAGAUAUAUAUAUAUAUAUAUAUCUCAAUUGAAGGCUAAGAAUUUGGACCUUUUUAAGUGGAUAUACUCAUGGGACGGGACAUGGCUGCUGGCUACCCUCCGGCUGCAAUUUCUUAAUUUUUCAUAUAGAUUUUUUGACUUAAGAUGAGCUAUUUUAAGACAUUAACAAGAUCACAUGUGUUGUGUAGUCAAUGUAUUCAGACAAAGAAUGUUCAAUUCCAUCGAAUUUCCUAGAAUAUAUUAUCACAAUUGGAUUUUCCCAAGUAUUUGAUUGCAAUUAUAAAUUUAAAACAAGCUGUUCUGUGUGUCAUUUGUGCUUUAUCAUUUCCCUAUGAAAUUCAGACAAAAUAAGAAACUUUCAUGGAAAUAAAGUCUCCUGGAAAUGUU